GUGGUUGACACGUAAAAAUUUAUUAGCAAAUUUUCUAGAAAAAAUCAAUUAUUUCUCGCAAUUUCUACCCAUAUUUUGAAAAUUUGAAAAGAUUAUCAUGAUACCAAAAAUUCAAGCAACCUUUCAAUCAUAUUGAUUUGACUUGAUUCGACAGACUUUCACAGACAGUAGGGGAGGAUGUGCUCGGGAUCUCCUCCGGUGAUUAAAGACGAUGGCUUUGAGAGCGUAUCCCUUGGUGAAGACGUUGACGCGUGUGACAUCUGCCAACAGGACACAGGCCAACCAAUCCGACCUUGCGAAAUCUGCCUUAAGCCAUACUUCGAUUCUGCUACGACUGGAUUUAAUGAAAUUCCGGAGGUGAUACACACAGGCCAAAAAGGCCAUGAACAAUGUUUUAAAAAAUCACAUGAAAUUCUAGCGGGGAGUAUUUUUCUCGAGUCUCAUUCGAGUGCAGGGUCUAAUCUGACGUUGAGUCCUAACAUUCCUCACAAAAGCCUUGCAGAAAAUAUUUCUGAUUUGGCAACAGAGGUCCAAGCAAAGGUUGCGGAAAAUAUUUUGUGGAUUUUUCGUCGACAUUGUUCGCCAACGCGAUGCCAGAGUCGUACGAUCACAGGUCCUGAGAGGUCGUCAAUGUCACCGCAGUGGGGACGGAAAGAAUUCUCGGAUUGUUCCAGGUUGUCUGCAUCGAUGACAAAUCUGAACGCUGAUCUUACCGAAUCUAGAAUUUGCAGAAAAAUCGACGGUGCUGAUCUAAAGAAAAAUCAAUCGAAGUUCAAGAGACGUAAAUCUGAGGGGACUGUUGGGAAAGUUGGUUCGAAAAUUAAUAUAGGGAGAGAAGAUUCUUCAGGAGACGAGACCUCCCAUGAAGUGCUGAAGCGUACCGAUUCUUGGAACCGUCUGAAACCGACAAAAAAACGUAAUAUUGUUAUCACAGUCACCGAUGGUGAUAUCGACUUUAAAGAUAUCGUAGAAUAUUCGCCCAAGGACUUGGCGGGAAAAGACGGCGCGAUGUUGACAUUCCAGAACGCACAUUCCAAGGAACAGGAUACGCAGAUGACGAAAUGUGGCAAAACAUUGUCAACGUCGAGUAUUGAGGAAGAGGAGAAUGCAAAGAAAUUCCCCACUUACACAAAAACUGAAUUGGUAUCAAUGACCAAAGAUGAACUGCACGCACUAUCGCUGGAGCUGUCGAAACGCAUACACGCCAUUUCUUCCAAGCUGGUGGACUUGGUCCAGGAGCGUCACAGCCUACGGGAAGAAGUGGACGUCCGACACAUAUUCAUCGAAAAGUUACUUAAGUUAAAUCUUGCGUCGGAAAUGGGUUGAUCGCAGGAACAUUUGGGAGAAUGCUGCUGCCCUCUAUACUUAGGUCUGUCAUCAAUGGAAGAUGCCUGGUCUCGGAAUUAUUUUGAUAUUCGAAUGCUGUGAUAGUUUUUAUUUUCGAACAUAUUCUGUAUGAUUUUUGGUAAAUUAUUUUUUCAUGGCAACUUGAUGAGGGACCACUAUGGUGUGUCUACAUGAGGUGCAGAGGUUCACUGGUUCAGGUUAGUACGGAAUCUAUCAAUAGGUGGCAACUUAAUCUUUAAGACUGAAUCGUUGUGAAAGCAAUCACUGAUUAUAUUAGGUUAUGGGUUCAAUUGUCAGAAUGAAAGAUUUAUCUGUAUUUCAUGGCUGGCACUAAGAUAAGACAAAGAAGAAGAGGUCAGUGGCACCUGACAAGGGACCACAGACCUUGAAUUAGCAUGGCCCAGCAGCUUUUUCUUGCGUCAAAGACGCCAUCUUUGAUUUGUGUUUACGUCAUUGGCAUCAGUUUCAAUUCUAACAUCCGUCAGUGGACGCAUCUUGACGUUACCUAGCAACAACCUGGGGGGUGUGACAUUGUGACAUCAUCUAUUUUUAUCUGUGCACCGAUCUGUUUAGAAAGAAAACUCUGGCCCAGUUGAAUACUGUAAAGUCAAAACUCUUGCCCUUGGCCGGGUUGUAUACUGUAAAAUCAAAACAAACCAACAUCUGACUGAAAGUGGUAUUUGCAAUAGCAAAUCGCUAUGAUAGUAUGGAAUAUCUAUAUAGAUUUACAAGUGGUUUGCUCAAGGAUAUAUUAGUGCCAUCAUUCUUCGGGCGAGCAUUUUCUAGUCUUACAGCUGCGACAUAGUUGUGACAAAUCUUCAGAUACAUUUUGGUAUCUCAUAUAGAAGAGUUUUAGAUGUUAUAGGUGUUACUUGUUCAAUGAAACGUAGAAGUCUGUUCUGUUUUAUAAUCCCAGCUCCUCUUAAGGAAACUAUUUGUAAAGAUCUGAGUGUAACGAUUGCUGUUACCCACUUUAUUUUCACAAGCACUUCUUGCUUGUCCUCCCACCACUGCCAAACACAUCACUCUCAUUCUAUGCAAGACGCUGCCACUAUAAUGAGGCACAGAUUUAGAAUUGACAGAAUGACAUUUGGUCACUGACCACACCUGAAUCACUUACACAACCAAGCAUCCCCUCUGAUUGGUGCAUUGAGCGAUGCUGUGUGUUAUAAACUGUAUGAUACUUCCCGAUUUAUGAUAAGUCUUGGUUAAUUGAAGCUGUCACAACUAUGAUAAGACUAGCACAUCUAGAGUCGCUAGUAGGUAUGCUAGCUAGUGCAAGUUUCCAGUUACCAGGACUUAUUGUCCUUGAUAUUGAGACCGAGUGGUCACUGAUCUGAUAAGAGGCGUUGUGUGAAAUGAAGGGGUUAACAGCAUUUGUGUUCUAGUGCAUGUAUGAUGUACAACUAAGUAUUAAAGAGUAUUGCUUGAUGUCAAUCGUGAUAAGAGUGUUCAAUCAUGUAUUUUAAUGGCAUUUAUACAUGUUAUGUGGCAUUUCUCAAGAGAUGUAGACCAACUCCAAGUUAGCAAGGUGCAUUAGCUGUAUCUUGAUAUUGAGCAUGGCGCUAUUCUUGCGGCCUGACAACGUGAUCAUAGGGUGUCUCUGUUUGUAGAAAAUGGCCUGGAUAUCUGUGCACGGAGUGUGGAUGAAGGUUUAAUGACAUCUGACUGCUGGUGCUGGCUGUCUUGUUGAAGACAGUGAGGGUGGAGCUGAAUGUUGGUGGAGACCAGGGUGAAAUGGCAGCCCCACUCAAGCGGUGUUUCCUGAGACAUCCAAUGCCAGCAGUCAGGUAUCAACUUCUAUUCUAAAACACCUAAAACUCAACAUAUUCUGUAGCAACCCAGGUGGUGAUGAUUCUGACAGCGUAACCGCUGCAGCUAAAAUGAGGCACUGUGUAAUAUACAAAGAUACCACAUUGUAACCAAGGUGUUUUAGAAUGUCAAUAAAAAUGUAAUUUAAGGAUGUUUUCGAAUGUCGACUGUUUCAAUCUUGUCUAAUUCAUUUCUCAGGUGUACAUUCCAUCAUGUCUUGCAUCGUUUGUGCGGACGGUUUAAAAUCCUUGUGUUGUUGUUGUCGUUGUUAUACCUGUUGUUGUCAUAGUAACUAAUGUUCUGAUUGUAAUCUAAGAGCAGUUUGCUACAGGGUGAUGCAAUUUUAAAAUUAAACCUCAUUUUGAAAAUGGGUGUUUAAUUUUGAACUGCUAAAUACAUGUAGGUAAGUUUUUUUGUAUUUUUGUUCACCCUGUAGAGUAUUCAUACAUGAAUGCUGAAAAUAUAUGGUGCCGGUGUUUGGCUCACCGUAAGGGGAGUCUAUACGAUAGCGCUGUGUCCGUCGUCGUCGUCGUCGUCGUCGUCGUCGUCGUCGUCGUCGUCGUCGUCGUCGUCGUCGUCGUCGUCGUCGUAUCCUAACAGUGGCACGUUUCUUAACUGCUAGGGCUAUGAACUUGAAACUUUGUACACAGAAUGCCCUAGGUCAGCUGACCUCUGACACUGAUUUUCGGUCCGAUCUGAUUCUCUGUUUGGCCACCAGGGGGCCAAAUGUCGAUAUCUAAAAAGUGUGAUAUCUCGCUUAUUAGUGACUUGUUUUCGAUAAAACUUUUGUUGUAGGUACUCAUAGCAAAUAUACAUUUUAUAUUAUACGGGUUUUUAAUUUGACCUUGUUUUCAAGGUCACAGAGGUCAUAUGGCGUAAAUCGGCCAUUAGAGUGUAAACUAUGGCACGUUUCUUAACCACUAAAGCUAUGAACUUGAAACUUAGUACAUAUAACCCCCUAUAUCACAUAGCCUCUGGUGCUGAAUUUUGGUUUGAUCUGAUUCUCCACUUUGCCACCAGGGGGCCAAAAGUGGAUAUCUAAAAAGUGUGAUAUCUCGCUUAUAAGUGACUUGUUUUCGAUAAAAUUUUUAUGGUAGGUACUCUUAGGAAGAAUACAUCACAUAUCUUACGGGUUUUCAAUUUGACCUACUUUUCAAGGUCACAGAGGUCAUAUGGCGUAAAUUGGCCGUUAGAGUGUAAACUAUGGCACGUUUCUUAACCACUAAAGCUAUGAACUUGAAACUUGGUACAUAUAACCCCCUAUAUCACAUAGCCUCUGGUGCUGAAUUUCAGUUUGAUCUGAUUCUCAACUUUGCCACCAGGGGGCCAAAAGUGGAUAUCUGAAAAGUGUGAUAUCUCGCUUAUAAGUGACUUGUUUUCGAUAAAAUUUUUAUGGUAGGUACUCUUAGGAAGAAUACAUCACAUGUCUUACGGGUUUUCAAUUUGACCUACUUUUCAAGGUCACAGAGGUCAUAUGGCGUAAAUUGGCCGUUAGAGUGUAAACUAUGGCACGUUUCUUAACCAGUAAAGCUAUGAACUUGAAACUUGGUGCAUAUAACCCCCUACAUCAGAUAACCUUUGAUGCCGAAUUUUGGCCUGAUCUGAUUCUUUAUUCGGCCACCAGGGGGCCAUAAUGGAAAAAGGAAGAAGUGCAAUAUCUUGCUUAUUUGAGUGAAUUGUUUUCGAUAAAAUUUUUAUGGCAGGGACUUCUAGCAAGGAUACACCACAUGUCCUACGAUUUUUGGAUUUGACCUACUUUUCUAGGUCACAGAGGUCAAAUGGCGUAAAUUGGCCAUUAGAGUGUAACUAUGGCACGUUUCUUAACUGCUGAAGCUAUGAACUUGAAAGUUGGUACAUGUAACCCCCUACAUCAGAUAAUCUCUGACACCGAAUUUUGGCCUGAUCUGAUUCUUGAUUUGGCCACCAGGGAGUCAAAACUGAAAAAGUAGGACAUGCAAUAUCUCGCUUAUUAAUGACUUUUUUUCGAUGAAUUUUUUAUUGCAGGGACUCUUAGCAAUCACACGAUAUUGAUCUUGUUGAUGUCAUAGACAAUUAUUGGUUGGAUCAUAAACUUAUAUAUACUGCCCUGUCUUAUUACUUGACAUCAAUACACAUCUAAAAAAAGUCUUCAUGCCUGAUUGUGUUCACCAUAUUCACCUCUAAACUAAGCAUGAUCCUGCCUACUAAAAGAUGUAUACGGUGAGCACAAUGGCCCCUGGCCGUUUCAUUUAAGUGUCAUUUUCAGUUCAGAAUUUUAUUAGAAAUCAAUCGUUUUGCCAGCUGUUUUAUUAGAAAUCAAUCUUAAGUUCACCUGUUAUUAUUGAAUAUGUUGAUAUUUUUUGCUAUUCAUUCGAAUGCAUUAGUUCUCUUAGCAAAAUAUGUCGGCACGUUUUGACAUCAUAAUUUGCUCAAUUUGUUUUAUUUUCCAUGAAAAUAACUUGUUGAAGUCUGCAUGCUCUUAUUAAAGGCAUAGUACUCUAUAAUUAGAGUGACCCCACUUAGUUACAGUUCACGUGCCUAAUGUACAUUCAUAUUACCCAACUUUGGACGGUGUAUCAAUAUGAUGUUUAAUUGAUAAGAUUUUGAUUUAUGUGCAACUAUGAAAUUUGGUUAUUAGAUGAAUAUAGAUUUUGGGGAAGACUACAUUUAUAUAACUAUAUCGUAUAAACAUGUAUUCACAGAUAACAUAUUUAGUGUUUUAGUCUUCUGAGUAUUUUUUCGUGGGGAACAUUGUAAUCUAUUAAAAGGGUUAAUGCGGCCAGUAUGAGUAAAAUCAGUUUAAGUAACUAUCAAUAGCUAUCUAUAUUACAUUGUAAACAUUAGUAAUCAAACUUAUUGUUAUACGAGAAUGUCAGCGAGACAAUGACAUUAAUCUUCUUAGUUUUUUACCGCCAAAACUACCUUGUUGAUGUAACCUCGUUCCCAUGGGUUUGAUUUUAGAAAUCAACUGAUCAGGUAAGACUGGGUGGCUGUGUAUGAGGUCACAUGCCUGCUUUGUGGUUAACAGAGUCUAGCUCGGAAUCUUUCCACCAAUCUGGCACAACAACUGAAUCCUGAAAAUAUGGUCAAAAACAUUGGUGAUAUGAUUAAAGCCCUGGGGAUGAGGUUACAUGUAUGUGGAUACACUGCUCAACCUGUGCCUAGGUAUUGAAUAUUUCUGUACUUGUUUGUAAUGGUUUUUUACCAGGUUGACUCUUGUAUUGCCAAAUAGAUCUGGAAUAUUUUUUCGUUUUUUCAAAAACUAUUUUCGUCUAUCCUUGGAAAGAUGGCGCACCUGCAGUUUAUUUUCUGAGCGGAUGCUGCAUUUUGCCAAGGAUGGGUAUAUUGCAUUUAGAUUGGAUGGUUGGUGGAUUCAUGUUGGAUUAGUUCAGCGUCUGCUAGUUUCUGGUUUAAUGAGACGGUAGAUCAUGCCGGUCAGUUUGUGCGACGGCAAAAUGCUGCUGUAGGUCUCAGACUCCUACAUUACAAGUCCAGGCUCCAAGCAUCUCAUUAUCCUGAGCUACGAGUCUCUUGAGUGUCUAGGAGAAACCAGCUCCCUUGUUUUGAAGACCAGGGAGUGGGGGUACCGGUUGUGGUCUGCCACAUCUUGCUGGGACCGACAAGCCAGCUCCCUUGUUUUGAAGACCAGGGAGUGGGGGUACCGGUUGUGGUCUGCCACAUCUUGCUGGGACCACCAAGCCAAUCAUCGACCCAUGAGUAGCUCACUGAAGCUCAGUUUUCUUUUGUAAAAACAUUCCGGGUUGUGGUCUAAAUAUCUAAUUUAUAGAUGUAAAUAAACUUGGAUGAUAAA